AAAACACCUCCGUUGCUGCGCUUCGCAGAUCACUCCCGCGGCUCCUCCAACGCUCUUCACCUUCUCGUUUUUUCUGUCUCUUCUCUCCAUCUCCGUCGCUUCCAUGACCAAACACUUAAUCUUGGCAUCCGCUGCUCUUUUUGCAGUGGCGUGCAUCCUCCCAUCGAUCGCGUUAGCGGCCCGCGGUGUGGCCAGCGUCAAGCCGGGAUUCGUCGUCCAGGGCCGCGUCUUCUGCGACACAUGCCGCGCCGGGUUCGAGACGCCGGCGUCAACCUACGUUAGAGGUGCAAAGGUAAAAGUCGAGUGCCACCGGCAAGCCGCAGGGGAAGCAACAUCCAGUUUUGAGGGUACUACUGACCACACCGGCACCUACAAUAUCCUAGUUGCUGGGGAACAUGAGGAUGAGAUGUGUGAAUCUAUGCUCGUUAGCAGUCCUGAGAGUGGGUGCAAGGCUACACUCCAGGGCCGUGAGAAAGCUCCUGUGUUCCUCAGUAAUAAUAACGGUAUUGCUUCAACCACCAGAUAUGCGAAUGCCCUUGGAUUCCAGAAGGACACUCCCUUACCUGUGUGCGCUCAGCUGCUCAAGGUCUAUGAGCUGGAUGAUGAAGAAGAAAAUUGAGUUUACCCUUGGUUUCAUUGAGUUAGUAUUUCCCAUGGAAUGUGCCGUUUGCCUUUCCGUUUUAUGCAAUGUUUGCAGUAUUCCUGGCACUGCUUUUGGCUAAUUCUGUAAAGUUUAGAGGAUUUGUCUGCUUUACUUUAUGAUGUGUUUUAUGGUUAAUUAGAAUUUGAAAUUAAGCAAAA